AUGACGGAGCUAAGACGGGCUAAUGGUCUCCACAAGCAGCACUCGCUGAGAGGUGAUCGUCAGGUGCAUCCCCUGCUGCACUCGCUGGCGGAUCACGGCUGCAAUCUGAGCAGCGGUGGCAACAGUGCGGCCAGCACCACCAGCAGCAGCACGGCCACGGCGACUACGGCUCUCGGCGGAGGAGGACCUAGUUCCGGUGGAGGAUGUGGUCUGGCAGCGGCGGUCACUGGCCAGCGCAGCGUGGAGUUUGACGAGCACGACAUUUUCUACGUCUCGCCAUCCAAGCGAAAAGGUGCCCCAACAGGUUCCUCUGGAAAUGUGGUAACCUUUUCGAAUUUCGUGAGCGAGCAGCGCCUGACGCCAUCGUCGUCGAACCGCGGCUCCCUCAAGCGGAGCAAGGGCCGCUCCAAUCAGUCCCUGUGUAGCUGCGAUGCCGGUGAUGAAGCCCAGCUGGAUCUGCAGCCGAAUGCGGCCAGACCCCUGUACGAGUACAGUCUGGAACGAAAGCGCAAGACACACACCUACAGCUGCGAGCAGAACGCACAGAUACUCAUGAGACUGGAGCGCGAGCGUAAUCGUAAAUUAUCGCUGACUGGCAUGGAAACGGGAUUGGGAAUCGGAUUGGGAGUAGGAUCGGGAUCUGGUGUGGGAUUUGGAACGGCAGCAGGAGGAGGAGGAGGGGGAGACCCCAGCCAGAGUGACACGCCCAGUUUGUCGGAUGUGGAUGUCAUACCGCCUGUGCCGCCGCCGCCAUCGAUUUCGAUGAAGCGCAAUGGCAGCAUGCGGAGUCUGCGACUGCUCCAGCAUCUGCAACAGCUGCAGCAGCACAGCAACGACAGCAGCAGCAGUGGCAACAACAACAACAAUCACUUGUCGCAGCUGUGCAGCAGCGAUCUUUUGCAGGAGUGCACCAAAUCGGCGCUGGACGAGUGCACCGCCACGCUGCUCAAGUGCACCACCACGACCAGUAACCACAGUAGCAGUAGCUCUGGCAACAACAACAAUCAAUCGGCGGCAAAGCCCGAUCUCUGCCAGCCGCCGGGACAUGCCCACAAUCACAGGCACAAGCUGCCGCAGACGAUGCCUCCUCAGAACCCACAUCAGAACCUACAGAACCCGCCGCCGCAGCAGCCACCGCCCCCCUUUGCCGCCCACGAAGAGGACGAGAUCUUUUCCCCACACUCGAAGAGGUCAGAUCCCAGUCUGUGCUUCCUGUCGUCAUCGAAAUACAAUACCAUUGGGCCGAGCAGCGAUUAUGCCAGACACUUGGCGCACUAUAGCCGCUACCUGCAGAAGCAGCACCAUCAGCAGCAGAUGGCGCACUUCCAGCAGCAGCGAUGUCGCUGCUUCUCCCAGUCCCUGCUGAGUUUUCCCCAACAGCAACAGCAGCAGCAGCAGGCGAAUCCUCACCAGAACUCGCAACACCAACACCCCAAUGCACAUCAACAGCCGGCAAUAUUUCACACCAGCAGCAUGGACUGGACGCUGCCGAUUAAUAGUCGCAGCUUUAACAACCUGGUCAACAUCGAUGGCGGUGGCGGAGGAGCAGCACCUGGGGGUGGCUCUUGCCGUGUUCCCUACCAAAAAAUGUCGACCACUGCAUCGGGGUUGGCCGCCUCCUCCACAUUCACACUCACCUCCUUCGACAGCGACAUCGGACAUGGCCUCAAAGAGCGCGAAUCGCAGACCUCGCUGCAUCAUCCGCACUCGCAUUCGCAUCCCCACACGCAUCAGCAUCCUCAUCAUUAUCACGCGGGCGGAAUGGGAGGAGUUGGUCCCGGCCCCGGUUCGGGCUCGGUUACGCCGCAGAAGCACCACCAGCUCCACUCGAGCGUCACGAGCAUCAUGCCGUGGAAGCACCGCCAGUGUCCCAGCAGGGGAUCCUCCAGCUCCGGCACAAACUCGUUCCGCUUCGAUGCUGCCAAGCACUGGCUGGCUGUGAGCUCCAUCCUCCUGAUAAUUGGCGCUGCCAGUGUGGCCGUGCCACUGGCGCUACGUGUGGCAGCAAGUGCCCCAUUCGAGGAGAGACUGCGCGUGGCCGUUCAGCUGCUGGAUCAAGUGCCUUUAAUCGACGGGCAUAACGAUUUACCCUGGAAUAUCCGCAAGUUCCUGCACAACAAACUCAACGACUUCAACUUUGAUGAGGAUUUGCGCAAUGUAAUGCCCUGGGGCCGCAGCCAUUGGAGUCAUACGGACCUCACGCGACUGAAGAAGGGACGCAUAUCAGCACAGUUCUGGGCCGCCUAUGUCCCCUGUGAGGCGCAGCAUCGAGACGCAGUGCAGCUGACUCUGGAGCAGAUUGACGUGAUCAAGCGGCUGACGGAUCGCUACUCCCCGCAGCUCACCACCUGCACCUCCGCUCAGGACAUUAUCGAGGCGCACAAGAAUCAGCAACUGUGCUCCUUGACCGGCGUGGAGGGCGGUCACUCGCUGGGCGGAUCCCUGGCGGUAUUACGCACCCUGUAUGCCAUCGGAGUAAGGUACAUGACGCUCACCUCCACCUGCCACACCCCCUGGGCGGACUCGAGUUAUGCGGAUGCCCCAACCUUCAACAUGAAGCACGGCGGCCUCACCAUAUUCGGCAAGACAAUCAUCCGCGAAAUGAAUCGACUGGGGAUGAUGGUCGACCUGUCGCACGUCUCCAAGGGAACGAUGCGGGACGCCCUUGAGGUGAGCGAGGCCCCUGUGAUAUUCUCGCACUCCUCGGCCUACGAGCUCUGCAACACGAGCCGCAAUGUCCAGGACGACAUCCUGCAGGCCCUGGCCAAGAACGGCGGCCUGGUCAUGGUCAACUUCUAUUCGAAGUUUCUUUCCUGCAGCGACAACUCCACCGUGCACGAUGCAGUCGCGCAUAUUAAUCACAUUAAGCGAGUCGCCGGCAUCGAUCACGUUGGACUGGGCGCCGGCUACGAUGGCAUUAAUUACACUCCCAAAGGACUGGAGGACGUCUCGUCGUAUCCGACCCUCUUUGCCGAACUCCUUGGCGGCGGCUGGACAAUUGAUGAACUAACAAAGCUGGCAGGUGGCAAUUUUCUCCGGGUGAUGCAGCAGGUGGAAAAGCUGAGGGAUGACAAGAAGGCCUCGGGGGUUAAGCCCUUCGAAGAUCACCCGAAUUUCCGCACCGAUGAUCCCUACAACUGCACAUCCAGCUAAUUGAGCAGCACCGGACAUAAGCACGCUGAGGUUGUACCAGAGAGGCCAGAAAUCGAAUGAAUCCCGUAGCAAAUUUAUAGAAACUAAUUUCCAAUAGGCUAAGAUUUGUAUAAGCUUUAAAUAUGUGUAAUUGUAAGAUAUAUAUGCCCGAUCCUUUGGCAUACAAAGUAAUAUUCUCCCCUUUUCCCCCUUGGUAAUCGAAGACGAAUUUCUUUUCAUUUUAGUGACAAUCUACAGACUGCCAGAAAAAAACAAGAAACAAAUUAAUAAACUUAACUAUAAACAGCACACCAAGCCCACAAAUUCCAACAAAAACUCGAUGAAUUUUUUUAUACCCUGAAAAUAGUAAGCCGGAUUUUUUUUUAAAACUCUACUCCAAACUGGACCAACAAGAUUUUAUUUCAUACUCCCUUUAUUUCAAUUAUAUUCCACUAAUUUACACGAAAACUACAUAUCAAGUGUGUAAUAAAUAAAGAAAACAAAAAGUAUUGUAUUGAAUUUAAUAAAAAGUACUUUGUUUUUUGCAUUAAAAGACAAUGCAAACAUUUGCGAGUGGGGAAGCAUACACUUAAAAUUAAAAUCAAAUACAAAAAACGGAUAAAAUAAUCAUAGGAGAUCCAAUCGAUGAAGGUUAAUAUUUAAAUGAAUUUUUAGUUUACAUUUCGAAGCAGUUUAAAGGCGACGAUAAACUGAAGAAAUGAAUAGCGUAAUAAAAACUAAAUUAGACAGUAAGCUAGGUGUGGGCGUGGCACUGCCUGCCGCACAAAAAUCUGUAAAUAUAACCCUUAGCCAUAAAUGUAGUAACAUAUAUAAAAGUCACGAUUUUCCAACAUAUUCCCCAUAUACAACCACAUCGCUCUGUCUCUGUACCUUCUAAAGAAAAAUCUAGCCAAAUGCGUCUCUAGCCUAAGUAAACCAAUUAUACAUAAACGAUAAACAAUUAUAGCCAAGCCCCAAGACAAAUUCAAUAAUUGUACAUUUUUCUAAGCCGAAGC